AUGCCUUUAAAUGACCUAUGGGGACGCCUGGAGUUCAAACACUUUGUAAAUUCCCUCCUUCGUCUCAGUCCUCCCUUUUGCAAGAUAUACUCAAAUCCUAAACACGCGGAACCACUCCACAAUAUGCCUCGUGAUAAUAUCGAAUUCCAAACAGCCGAUCACGUCACCUUGCGAGGCUGGUUCUUCCGUCCUCCAACAAAGGCACCGGAAACAAGACUGCCCUGCCUUGUCAUGUCCCAUGGAUUCUCCGCCCUGAAAGAAAUGGAACUGGACACAUUCGCGGAAUAUUUCACUCAAAACCUACCCAUCAGUUGUCUAGUAUACGAUAACCGAGGAUUCGGUGACAGUGACACCAAGGAAGGCCAGCCUCGCCAUGAGAUUCUUCCCAGUCAACAGACAAGCGAUAUAUCCGACGCCAUCACCUACGCGCAAUCGCGAGCCGACGUGGAUCCCGACCGCAUUGGCAUCUGGGGAAGUUCGUACAGCGGGGGGCAUGUGCUGUGGGUUGGAGCAGUUGACCGACGAGUGAAGGUGGUGCUCUCUCAAGUUCCGUUUGUAGAUGGGUGGCAAAAUAUGGGCCGACUCAUACGGCCUGAUAUUAUGGAGGCCCUUAACAAAUCCUAUCAGGAAGGUAUGAGAGUCACUUAG